UGUGGACAGGAUGAUCCCACGCGAACACAAACAGUACUGCCAUCGUUAGUAAUUGGUUCUGUUGCUGCAGCCACACCACAAAGCGAGCGGAUCAGCUCAGCAGCAGAAGCUCUCCGCCCAUGGCCUUCCUUGCCGUGCUCCUCCUCGUUCUCGCUGCUUUGCUGGUGGUUGCCGCCACGAGGCUGCUGGAGUACGGCGUCGUGCGCCUCGUAUGGAGGCCGUACUCCAUGAGCAAGUGGUUCGGACAGCAAGGGAUCCAUGGACCCUCCUACAGCUUCUUGAAAGGCUGCAACGAGGACGUGAGGAGCAUGAAGGAGGAGACUGACCGUCUGGUGCUGGAGGUUGGCGACCACAAGUACCUCCCGCGGAUCGCCCCACACUACCUCAAAUGGAGGGCUCUCUACGGAGAACCGUUUCUAUACUGGCAUGGGCCACAAGCCCGAAUCUGCAUAUUUGACUAUGAAUUGGCAAGGCAAAUCCUUUCAAGCAAGUCCGGACAUUUCGUGAAGAACGAUGCACACCCUACUCUCUUGGCUUUGGUUGGCAAGGGGCUCGGGUUUAUGGAAGGCGCGGAUUGGGUGCGCCAUCGUAGGAUAAUCAACCCCGUUUUCACCAUUGAUAAGCUCAAGAUGACGACAAAAACAAUGAUGGAUUUUGCCGAAAGCAUGGCUAAGGAGUUGGAAGAUCAAGCGUCUCAAAAAGAGAAGCGAGAAACAAAAGUAGAUAUCAAUAAGCUUUUCAGUGAGCUAACAGUUGAUAAUAUAUCCUAUGCAAUCUUUGGAAGCAGUUAUAAAUUAGGAAAGGAAGUCUUCCGAGCUCAAACUGACCUGCUGGGGAUCACUAUGGAAACUUUCCUUGACGUGCCGAUACCAGGAUUCAAAUAUCUUCCCACUGAAAGGAAUCGGCGCAAAUGGAUGCUUGAAAGAAACCUCAAGAGCCUACUCACACAAAUCAUACAACCACGAUUAGCAACUAGUGAAUACGGAAAUGAUCUGCUCGGUGUGAUGCUCGACUCUUGCAUUGAAACCAAGCAAGGAGGGAAGCAAGUGGAUCUCAGCUUGAGCAUGGAGGAGAUCAUACAUGAGUGCAAGCUUUUCUUCUUCGCCGGUCAUGAAAACACGUCUCUUCUACUCACAUGGUCAGUGUAUUUGCUGAGCAUAUACCCAGAAUGGCAAGAAAGGCUCCGGAAGGAGGUCUUGAAGGAAUUUGGGAGGGAAUCUCCUAACCCCAAUGCGCUCAAUAAACUGAAAGAGAUGACAAUGGUGCUCUUCGAGACCUUGCGGCUCUACCCGCCUGCUCUUUUCAUGCAAAGGAAAACCGUGGCCGAUAUCACAGUGGGAUCAAUAAAACUGCCCAAAGGCAUGGCAAUUGUCAUACCUAUUCCAAUUAUGCAUCGAGACAAGGAGGUUUGGGGCGACGACGCAGAUGAAUUCAAUCCGCUGAGAUUUAAGAAUGGGAUCACGGGAGCAGCAAAGGUUCCACACGGCCUGCUAGCGUUUUCAAUGGGACCAAGGUCUUGCAUCGGUCAGAACUUCUCUAUGUUGGAAGCCAAGUCGACGCUGGCCCUGAUGCUCCAAAAGUUCUCAUUCACUCUAUCCCCUGACUAUGUGCAUGCGCCCGUGGAUCUGUUUACCCUCAAACCUAAGUUUGGUCUUCCUGUAUUUCUAAGGCCGCUGGAUAAGUGUAACUAGACUACUAGUAUUUGAUUUGUAAUAUUGCCAUACCUCCAAGAACUGAUGAACCUGGGUUGUACUCCAUGAUACACAGUGUAUGUAUACAGUGAAUGUAUGACUACAAGAAUAAAGAAAACAAGGGAGUAUAGUAAUAUUAUUACUA